GGAAUACUGCACUUCUGUUAUGGAUGGCAUGGUGAUGGAUGACGAUGAUGACUGCCCAGAACUGGUGUCCAUUGAUGCCCAGCCCGGUCCCACUGCAGAGCAGAUACCUGUCACCAUCAUUACAGGAUACCUUGGUGCUGGAAAGACUACACUCCUGAACUACAUUCUGACAGAACAACACAGCAAACGGAUUGCUGUCAUACUCAACGAAUUUGGAGAGGGCAGCGCCCUGGAGAAGUCUCUUGCAGUGAGCCAGGCAGGAGAGCUGUACGAAGAGUGGCUGGAACUGAGAAAUGGCUGCCUCUGCUGCUCUGUUAAAGACAACGGUCUUAAGGCCAUUGAGAACUUGAUGGAGAAGAAAGGAAAGUUUGACUACAUCCUGUUAGAAACUACAGGACUUGCUGAUCCAGGAGCUGUGGCCUCCAUGUUCUGGGUCGACGCAGAGCUCGGCAGUGACAUCUAUUUGGACGGCAUCGUCACCGUCAUCGAUGCCAAGUAUGGACCACAGCAACUAACCGAAGAAAAAGCAGACCAACUCAUGAAUGAAGCAGUCAGGCAGGUCGCUCUCGCCGACCUGACCGUUAUCAACAAGACGGAUCUUGUGAAUGAGGAGGAACUAAAUAAAGUCAGAGACACUGUCAGAUCAAUAAAUGGUCUUGUCAAGAUUCUAGAAUGCCAGAGAUCAAGGGUGGAUCUCUCUGAAGUUCUGGAUCUGCAUGCCUUUGACACUAAGGAUGGAGCAAAUUUGGCAGAAAAGCUCCAGCUCGUGAAACCAACACAGCCUCACCUUGACAAGAGUAUUUUAACGGUGACGCUUGAAGCGGUCGGAGACGUCUCCGAGGCCGCCGUAAACGUCUUCAUCCAGGAACUCCUAUGGGAGAAGAUGUUCAAAAACAAAGAAGGGCAACCCAUGACCGUCAUCCGGUUAAAAGGCAUAGUGUCACUUGCUGGAAACGCCCACCAAGUGAUGCUGCAGGGGGUCCACGAGCUCUACGAGCUGAAUGAAACUCCACAGCUUUGGGAGGAGAACCCGCGGAUCAACCGCCUGGUCUUCAUAGGGAGGAACCUGGACAAGGAUGUUCUGCAGGAGCAGUUCAGAUCAACCCUGGUGCAGGAUGCAGACAGAAAUUAGCUUUAAGAUCGCGUUUCCUCUUCACAUCAAAAACUGCUAAGCCUGGAGCAGAAACUGUGGCUUUGCCCAAUCUGCAAACCUGGGACUGUUUCAGGUGUUAAUUCCUUUCCCUCAUGAAGACGAGGUAUGUCCCAGGAUGGCUGAGGUUACUGUAGAGAUGGAGAUCCAUCACAACCAGCUCUGAAAGCUAUAGUAAGAGUGUUCAUGUUGCUGUAGUCCCCAAACUGAAUGCUGAGUGAUGUUUCACACCCUAAAACCUAGAAUAAAAAACCCCGUAACAAACUAAAAUGAGUGUACGUACAAGAGACACCACAAGAAUCUUGAAAUUGAAUCACGAAGCUGCUAUUUAAUGAAGACUGCUUUCGGCGAAAUCAGCUAUUUCUGAAGGUUGGGAGCACAAAUAGUGUUGUAAGUUGCAAAGCGAUGAAACUGUACUUUAUACAUGAAGCAGCUAUGAUUAUGUAUGUGGCUUUUAAAUUAUUCUAAAUAAAGUUGGGGGGUUUUCUGAAA